AUUCAGCCAGCAGGUCCUUUGCCAGACUGGGUUGCUGAGCAAAUUCUGCUUGGAAAAUUGGUUCACUCCUGUUAAAGCCAGAUUCUCUCUGACCCAGGGAAGACUAGACUUGGCCUGCUGGCUCAGGAUAGGUUUGCCUGGGUGUCUGUGUUCAAGGGUUGCUCCCCUGGAGUGUCUUCCAAGAUGGGGCAAUGGAGGGCAGACUCUCCCACCUGAGGUAUCUUCAGUCUCAAGCAGUUCACGCAGUGGAAGAGGUGGUGAGCGAGGUGGUGGGCCACGCCAAGGAGGUUGGAGAGAAGGCCAUUAAUGACGCCCUAAAGAAAGCCCAAGAAUCAGGAGACAGGGUGGUGAAGGAGGUCACUGAGAAGGUCACCCACACCAUCACUGAUGCUGUUACCCAUGCGGCAGAAGGCCUGGGAAGACUGGGACAGUGAGCCUGCCUACCAGCAUGGCUGGCCCUUCCUGAAGGUCAAUAAAGAGUGUGAAACGUGAA